AUGGCUUUCAGAGUAUUUAAUUCAAUGAACUCCAUUGGCCUUGAACCUGAUGGUUUUACUAACACUAAAUUAAUUGAUGGGCUUUGUAAAGAAGGGAGACCAGAGCAAGUAGAUGGGAUCUUGGGUUUGAUGGUGAAGAUGGGAAUAUUCCCAGAUGAAGUAACAUUUACAGCACUUAUUGAUGGAUAUUGCAAGACAAGUAAAACUGCAAAUGCCUUGAAGCUUUUUGAGAGAAUGGUCAAGAACAGGUGUUUGACUACACCUCAUGCAUUCAACUCAUGUCUUGAUGUUCUCAGCAAAUAA